GUCCCUUCCCCCUUUUCUCUUGGGAUCUGACAGAUCCUAGGGUCUGGCCUGGCCACCAGGGCCCUGUGUCUGGGUUUUUCUUCUUCAUCUCACACCCUGGCCUGUGACCCACAGACAGUGACUGGCUGGGGCCAAGAAAGACCGAGGGGAGCACCCACAGGUUCUCCCUGCUUCCCGCCAACCCUCCUCCUUCCGGGCAGACCUUUGGAAUUUGCCUCUGGGCUGCUCUCAGGUCUCCUCAGAGACCCCUCCCUGCAGCCUGGGGCCACCAAGGACUGUCCAGUGUGGCCCUGUCAUGUGUCCGGGAGCUGGUGGGAGCUGCUUAGCCCCCAGGUCAAGCCUUCCUCCACUAUGAGAAAUUAGGGCACAGGGGAGGCAGGGUGGGUGGGGGCUCCAGGGUGGGGCAGCUCCCUCGCUUCCCCCUCUCCUGCACCUGAGGGAGAGAGGCCAGGAUGUUGGAGGAAGUGAUGGGAGACAGGAGCUUGGGGUCCAGGCAGGGAAGUCGGGCAAGGGGUGGACGUUCAGCCCUCCUCCCCACGAGUCUGGCAGCCCAGCCUGAGUGCCCCGGCGAGUCCGUCCCCGGGCACAGAGCCGGAAGAUUGGGUGGCUUUGGUGCCCUGGAAACGGGAGAUGGGUCAGCAGUGCCCAAGGCGGGCAAUGAGCUCCUUCCUGUGCCCUCCGAGCCUGGCCUGCGGGCUCAGCAGGUCAGCACUUUCCACAAACCCCACACAGAACCUGGCCCGGCCCGGCAGUGCAUGACAUGACUCCGGGGGCCAGUUGUCCUUUCCCUGGUGCAGGCUCCCCACCAUGCUGCCUCCUGCCUUGUGGCUCCUUCUCUCGGGGCUCUGGUCCCUCCCAGCCUCUCCUGACCGACCACCCGACACCCUCCCCAAACCCUACAGGCAGCAGGGCGACCAGGGCACCUUCUGGUCCCCACCCAGCUGGUCUCGCUUCCUCUUCCAGCCGGCCAUGCUCCCACUGCAGAGAAAGGCGGCCAGCCCCAGGAGGAGGGCAUCCCAGACCUGCCUGGAGGCUGGUGUCAGCCCCAGCCACAGAGGGCUACAUCUGGACGACUGGCCAGCUCAUCUGUUGGGAUGGAAGUCCUGUUCAAGGCCCACCCCCUGCCCGGGAGCAGCUAAUGACAACCAGAGGCUGGAAGGUGAAACCCCCCUUUGCUGACAAGGCUGCGCAGCCGACCCUCCGGCCGCCAGUGCCCAGCUGCCACGCGCUUUCCAUGGAACCGUGGGGUGACCAGCAGCCAUUUCUGUCUCUGACAGCCCUGUGUAACAUGGAGCUGCCUCCCGUCCUGCUGCCUUCCAGGGCUGAAGGCCAAGGAGGCUGGGCAAGCCCAUGGAGCUUUUGUUUGGGAAGGUGAAGAGUUCGGGAGAGGUGGUGGCGGCUACACCACAAUGUGACUGUGUGCUUGGUGCCACGCAUGGUCCCUUA